CCCUUAGGGAGUAAUGGUCCUGUGUCACGUGACGUGGGUCAAGAUGGCGGCGCCCAUGGGGAGGCGGAAGCGGAAGCUGCCAGUUCUCCUCCCUUUAAUGCCCCCCUCCCCAUGAUGCUCCUGCUGCCCCUCAUCACCCUUCUGCUCCUCCUGCUGCUGCUGCUGCUCCUGGAGUUCCCCCCCCGGAGUCCCCCCAGCUCCAACCCGGCAUUCCAGGAAUUCCAGCGGCGUUUCCACCUGGGAUUCCUGCCCGCCCUGGCGGCCGAUUGGCUGCAGGGGCCUCACCUGUUCCAGGUGUUCCGCAGCAGGGGCUUCCUGCAGACACAGAUCGCUGCCCUCUACUCACUGGGAUUCGCCUCCAACUUGGUGUUCGGGCUCUUCUCCCACUUUUUUGUGGACCGGCUUGGCAGGAGAAGGUCCUGUGUGCUGUUCUCGGUGCUCUGCUCCCUGUCCUGCCUCCUGCAGCUCUCCCGGGAUUUCCCGGCACUGGCGGCAGGGCGGCUUUUGGGGGGUGUCGGCACCUCCCUGCUCUUCACCUCCUUCGAGUCCUGGUACGUGCACGAACACCUGGAGCACCACGAUUUCCCCCAGGAGUGGAUCCCAGACACCUUCUCCCGCGUGGCCCUUUGGAACGGGGUCGUGGCUGUGGCCGCAGGGGCCGUGGCUGAGCUGCUGGUGCUGGGAGGGGGCCCCGUGACCCCCUUUGUGGCAGCCGUCCCCUUCCUGGCCUUUUCUGGGACUUUUGCCAUGAAAAACUGGGAUGAGAAUUAUGGAAAACGCCGCUCCUGCCCCAAGACAUGCGGGGAGGGGUUGCGGGGGCUGCAGGACCCCACCCGGGCACUGCUGGGGGUGGUGCAGGCGCUGGUGGAGGGUGUGAUCCUCAUCUUCAUCUUCCUCUGGACGCCCAUGCUGGAGCCACUGGGGAUCCCACUGGGAAUCGCCUUCUCGGGAUUUAUGGCAGCAAGUGCCGUAGGAUCAUCCCUGUUCCGCCGGGCGGUCAUGGGGGGGUUCCGGCUGCAGCCCCUGCACCUCCUGCCAGGGUCCAUCGUGCUCCUGGGGGUCUCCCUCCUCCUCCUCACCCUCCCCCUGCCCCCACCCAGUGCCUUCCUGGUGUUCCUGCUGCUGGAAUUCUCCUGUGGGAUUUACUUCCCGGCCAUGGGGUUCCUGCAGCGCCGGCUAGAGCAUAGGGGGACCACGGGGGGGUCGCGGUGGCUGCGGGUGCCCCUGGGGCUGGGAGUGGCCCUGGCACUGCCAGCACUGCCCCCCGGGGAGGGGGGGGCACAGGGGGUGUUUCGGGGGGCGGCGCUGGCGGCGCUGGCAGCACUGGCAGCAGCUGGGGGGGUCCUGGUGGCGGCCCAGGGAGACCCACAGCUGAGGGUGGGAGGGGAGGAGGGGGAGGGUGGGAUGGACACUGGGAUGUGA